AUGGCCCAUAUCAGAUGGACUCAAAACGUAAGUAAAGUAAGCGCUCUGCCCGUCUGCCGGACGGCCGGCCCCUUCCUCCAAUUCAGCUCUGCUUUCAGCUUCGACGAAGGCUCUGUCUGUGCCUCUGCUUCCUCUACAAAAUCCGGCGACCUGCAAAAGGCUACAGCGCCGUCUCCAGCCGACGAGGAAAACCAGGAAGGCGGGAUCAAGGAGCGGCCAGGUUGGCGGCUAGGCGACGGGCCGAGCAGAAGUUUCUCCGCCCCGUUUGUCGAGAAUCGGCUGAGCGGCGAAAUCCCCCAAAUAUCUCCUCAAUCGACAGCUAUUAGGAAGUUUGAAAGAUUGACUAGCACAACUUAA